GCGGGCGUUGUGCGCAUGCUCAGUGGGGGCGAGCCGGAGGAGCAAAGCCUGCCCUACGCUGUGGCCGGGAUCUGCAUCCGGGGCGCGGCUUGCGGCUGUGCCCAUUGUCUGGGUUACCGGCCCGGACUCCGCCAGCGCCGGGGCCCUGCGCUGAGGAGCCUGAGGGGUGGGAAGGAGACCGGCGCGUCUGCCGCCGCCGCCCGAGCCCGAGCCCGCCCUUCGCCUCCUUGUCCCGCCGCCGGCUUUAUGGAUCGCAGUUCGAAGAGGAGACAAGUGAAGCCUUUGGCAGCUUCACUGCUGGAAGCUUUAGAUUAUGAUAGCUCAGAUGACAGUGAUUUUAAGGUUGGAGAUGCCUCAGAUUCUGAAGGAAGUGGUCGUGGGAGUGAAGAUGCAUCAAAGGACAGUGGUGAAGGUUCCUGUAGUGAAUCAGAAGAAAAUGUCUUGGAGGAAGAAUUGGCAGAAGAAGUGAAAGUAGAGGAAGAACAGCAACCGAAAACUUCUGCUGGAGAAACGAUGCUUACAACAGAGAAAGAGGUGAUUAAGACUGAAAAAAAAGAACAGGAGGAAGAAGAUGAGAAGCCAAAAAAGAAAAAAGAAAAGGAGAAAGAAAAAGCAACUGAAUCUGAUGCUGCUGCUGCUGCUGAUGAGCAAACAAGUGAACCAAAAAAGUGGAAUUUGCGUAGGAACCGACCUCUGCUGGAUUUUGUAUCAAUGGAAGAACUAAAUGAAAUGGAUGAUUAUGACAGUGAGGAUGACAACGACUGGCGACCUACUGCUGGGAAGAAGAAGGGAAAAACUGCACUGCGGAAAGAGGGAAGUGAUGGCGAUAAUGAGGAGGAUGAAGAUGAUGGAAGUGGUAGCGAUGAGGAUGACAAUGAUGAGGAAGGCAAUGAGGAUAACAGCAGCACUGCUAGUGAUGGUGGAUCCAAGAAAAAGAAAAAUAAAGUUCUUAGCAGGAAUAGUGCUGAUGAUGAGGAGCUGACAAAUGAUAGCCUGGCUCUUUCACAAAGCAAGAGUAAUGAGGACUCUCUGAUCCUUGAAAAGUCUCAAAACUGGACCUCCCAGAAAAUGGACCAUAUUCUGAUUUGCUGUGUUUGUCUUGGGGAUAACAGUGAAGAUGCUGAUGAAAUAAUCCAGUGUGACAAUUGUGGAAUAACAGUGCAUGAAGGUUGCUAUGGUGUUGAUGGAGAGAGUGAUUCUAUUAUGAGCUCAGCUUCAGAAAACUCCACUGAACCUUGGUUUUGUGAUGCAUGCAAAUGUGGGGUAUCUCCUAGCUGUGAACUAUGUCCCAAUCAAGAUGGAAUCUUCAAGGAGACCGAUGCUGGCAGGUGGGUCCACAUUGUUUGUGCCCUCUAUGUUCCAGGAGUGGCAUUUGGCGAUAUUGACAAGCUGCGGCCAGUAACGCUUACUGAAAUGAACUAUUCUAAGUAUGGUGCCAAGGAAUGCAGUUUUUGUGAAGACCCUCGUUUUGCCAGAACUGGUGUUUGCAUUAGUUGUGAUGCUGGCAUGUGUAGAGCUUAUUUCCAUGUGACCUGUGCUCAGAAAGAAGGCCUGCUGUCAGAAGCAGCAGCUGAAGAGGACAUAGCAGAUCCUUUUUUUGCUUAUUGUAAACAGCAUGCAGACCGGUUAGACAGAAAAUGGAAACGGAAGAACUACUUGGCUUUACAGUCCUAUUGUAAAAUGUCCUUGCAGGAAAGAGAGAAACAGCUCUCACCAGAAGCGCAGGCCCGAAUCAAUGCCAGACUGCAGCAGUAUCGUGCCAAGGCAGAAUUAGCUCGUACCACCAGGCCUCAGGCAUGGGUUCCCCGGGAGAAGCUGCCACGACCACUCACUAGCAGUGCUUCAGCCAUACGUAAGCUGAUGCGCAAAGCUGAAUUAAUGGGAAUUAGUACAGACAUCUUUCCAGUGGACACUUCAGAUACCAGUUCCAGUGUGGAUGGAAGGAGAAAACAUAAGCAACCGGCUCUGACUGCUGAUUUUGUGAAUUAUUAUCUUGAGAGAAACAUGCGCAUGAUUCAGAUCCAAGAAAAUAUGGCUGAACAGAAGAAUAUUAAGGAUAAACUAGAAAAUGAGCAAGAAAAACUUCAUGUGGAAUAUAACAAGCUGUGUGAGUCCUUGGAAGAGCUACAAAAUAUGAAUGGAAAGCUACGAAACGAAGGGCAAGGAAUAUGGACUCUACUGGGUAGAAUCAUUGGGCAGAAAUUGAACAUACCAGCAAUUUUACGAGCACCCAAGGAGAGAAAACCAAGUAAAAAGGAAGGAGGAACACAAAAGACGUCCACGCUUCCAGCAGUACUUUAUAGUUGUGGAAUUUGUAAGAAGAACCAUGAUCAGCACCUCCUCUUACUGUGUGAUACCUGUAAACUACAUUAUCAUCUCGGCUGUCUGGACCCUCCUCUUACAAGAAUGCCAAGGAAGACUAAAAACAGUUAUUGGCAGUGCUCAGAGUGUGACCAGGCAGGCAGCAGUGACAUGGAAGCAGAUAUUGCCAUGGAAACCUUACCAGAUGGGACCAAGAGAUCAAGGAGGCAGAUUAAAGAACCAGUGAAAUUUGUUCCACAGGAUGUGCCACCAGAACCAAAGAAGAUUCCAAUCAGAAACACGAGAACUAGAGGACGAAAACGAAGCUUUGUGCCUGAAGAAGAAAAGCCUGAGGAACGUAUUCCUAGAGAAAGACGACAGAGGCAGUCUGUUCUACAAAAGAAACCCAAAUCAGAGGAUUUAAGAACCGAAUGUGCUACAUGCAAGGGGACUGGAGACAAUGAAAAUCUAGUCAGUCACCAGUAAGAAAGUUUUGUGUUUGAGAGUCGUACUGAAGAUAUUUCUCCAAAUGAACAAGACCAGUCUUCAGUUAUGAUAUAAGGAAAAACUCAUGAAGUUAAACAGAAAUGAGUGCCCACUGAAACUGAAGAAAUAGGGUAGAUAGUCUUUGAGUAUUUUGUUAGCUUUCCCUAUCUGACAUUGCCUCACACAGAGUGGAUCACACAAAUAUUGGGCCAUCACUAGUGUGUUACAGAAAUUUACCUAGUUUAGAUUUCCAUUGUUUAUUUGGACAUCCCACUUUAUGGUUUAUAAAAGACAGCUGUUAACUGGAGAGUAAUUAGAGGAAAACAAACAAGGACAUCUCUGGUGGUCAGAUAUUGCAACAUUGCCUCACUGAAGGACUCUUUUGUUCAUACCAAGCCUAUCAUCUGCCAUGUAUGGAGAUCUGUGAAGUAGUUCAAACCUCCAGCCUUUCCAUACUUUUCUCUGCAAUGAAGAAUAUCAGCCUUUCAGCUGCAGAGGGACUGAAAAGAUCUUAUAAGUUGCAGUGAUAUCCUAACAAGUGAACAACCUUGGGGACUUAACCUUCUGCUCCUUCUUCCUAGACUUAUCUUUCCUGCUGGUCAAGAACUUCACAGUGGCUGAAGUGCCGCUGAAUGAUGACUCCUGCUACUGCCUUUAAACCUAUGAAGCCAUUUACUCUUAAAACUGAUCUGUUUUAAAUAAGCCCUCACUUCUUUCACCAACCAAGGCUUAAAUUGUUCCUGUCCCUCCUAGCAUUUCAGUUAACAUGUAUAUUAAAUAUAGAUCAUUCUUAAAACAAAACAGUUCAGAGGGGUGCACAGCUAUUAACUACAAACUGCUGCUGUUUCACCUUUUAACAUUUGCUAGGGGUUUUAUUGAUUGGAUUGAUUCCAACUUCUCAGGCAGCUUAUUUAAAAGGAUGUACACAAUCAGUGUAUUUUGUUCUAAAGUCCUCCUAGUCUUAUGUCAGAACACCGCAACAUUAUUGAAACUAACCCCCUAUUCCUCUCUUUUAGAAGCUCUAUAUUAGUUUAGAGUGUUAAUACAGCUGUUUUUCACACUGUUGUCCAGAAGCUGUUUAACAACAUUUGGGUAAUCCCAGACUAUCUUUACACUCUCCCAUUGAGUUCUUCCAAAUUUUUCAAAGAUUGUAGGUUUAACUCACAUUCUUGGAUUUGAGCUAUUCUCUUUAGUGACGUCGUAUAGUCUUAGUGUGUGUGGUUGUACUGAAAAUGUUUGUCCUUAGUAUAAAAUAGAUCCCGUAUGGCUCUCCAGAUGGAAAUUUAAGAUCAUUGCUACCUCCUGAGUGAGUAAGGGAUGACCCUACUGUCAUGGUGAACACUCUCUCUACCAAACUAACUUUAACCAAGUUCUGAUUUCUUGGGGUAGCACUUGAGGUAUUGCUGUACACUUAGCAGCUGCUAAUUCAUCAACUCAGUCUUUCUGGUACCAAAAUUGAACACUUAUUUUAUAAACUACAAAACAGAUUCCACUGUAUACAGAAAUAUAGUGAAGUAGUUUUAAUAUCAGGUAACAAAGAGUAAACCCUUAGAAAUUAUAAACUACGACCCAGGAAUUACAGCAGAGAGUUGAAAAUCAGGUUUUCUCAUUCUUUUUCUGGCUGUGCAACAGUGGACAAGUUACUAAAGGGUCCUACAUCUCAGUUUAGCCAUCUGUAAAAAGGAUAUCAUGCCCCCUACAUGGGCUUUAAGGUUUGAAUAAUACAUUGAAAAAAAUUACUUGAGAUCCUCUGAUUAAAAAGGUGACAUAGGAGUGUAAAGUAUUUUAUUAUAGUGAGCUAAAAGGAAAUUUUAUGAUAGAAGAUUGACUGGCAAAAAGAAUGUCUUAAGUAACUACACUUUUCUACCAAAACAGUGUGAUAAAACAGAGUUACCUUAAAUUAUUAGCUUUGCUUUAAAGUAGCAUUUUGAUGAAGCAAGCUUCUCUAUUUAAAUAGGAUUGCUAGUAUUGUCUAUAUAUAACAUGCAUAUGCCAAGACCUUGUUUGCCUUUAU